GUUAAAUUAAAUAUAGUUUUGGUGUGAACAAACUAAAAAUGGAAAGUUUUUGUAAAUUUUUUGCAACAUGCAGUAAACAGACUUUCCGUAUGUCUACUUUAUAUACAAACACAAAAAUUCAAAUGCACAAACUGGACAGAAGGCUUGAGUUUAGUUCCGUAAUUAACGAAGCAGAAAAAGUGGUCGGGUAUCCUGUGUCUUUUUUAAAUAUGAGAGUAAUUUUAAAUGACGAAAUUGCUAACAUUCUGUCGUACACCAAAAAAUUAAUAGAAAUGAAACAUCCACUUGCACAAACAUUUUCGAAUCUCGUUUUUCAAAAUGAACAGAAAACGUUUGGACUUAUAGUUCUUCUUAUGUCAAAAGUAGCUGGAUUAAGUGGGAAUUUUCCUGAGAGUGAAUAUGAUCGUGGUACUGAUAUUCUCCACAGUCAAAGAGUUAUUGCUGAAGUAAUAGAAAUGAUUAAAACUGGUCAUUUAAUGCACGCAAGUCUCUCAAACAUUGACGCCUCUACCAAAAAUGUACUCGAGAUGAAUUUUGGAAACAAAGUAGCCCUUUUCUAUGGAGACUAUUUACUGGGCAUCAGUAACAGCGAACUUGCUCGUUUAAAAAACCAGCGAGUUCAAGGAAUAAUUUUAUCAGCUUUAAGAGAUUUGGCUGAAUUCGAAUUUUUUGGAUUAAGAGAUCCUCAAAAUAAUCCGAUACCGUCUAAACCACUUCCUGAACAAAAAGAUGUUAAAAUUCCAGACGAAUUUGGAGUAGAACCUCUAAAAUUUGAAGAUAUUUUAGGCAACAUGAAAGCAGAAUGGACUUUGAGAAAUAUUUUGAGCAGUGGCAGUUUAUUGGCAAAGUGUUGUCAAGGUAGUUUAAUUUUGGCUAAUCAUGAAUUUUUCGUACCUAAACUGGCCUAUAUUUUUGGUAGAAAUUUAGCGUUAGCGUGGCAGGCUUCGUUAGAAAAAGUUCAAAUUAAAGAGGAAUCGUUUAGCUUAGUAUCGGCACCAGUAAUGUUACAUUUACAACAUGAUCCUAGUUUGUACACAGAAAUUGAAAAAGGGGUAUCUGAUCAGAAAAAAGUCAAUUAUGAUUUAAUACGAAAGGUUGUUAUGAGUGGGCCAGCGUUAGAUAAAACUGACCAGCUGAAAGAAGAGUUCUCAGACGCAGCUUUGAAUGUAUUAAAUAAUUUUUCAGACAGUGGAUCUAAGACAGUGCUUGUCAAUAUAAUUAAAGCUUUGUGAUUUGUAAUAAAAAGGCUUAAGUUACGACGUUUUAAUUUAGAAAAGGGAGAUUUUAUAAAUAUUAUCCAUUCGCGAUCCAUUUGAUAGUAGGUUUGGCAAUGAAAAUCUAAUACAGAUACAGAGUAAUCAAAUUGCCUCAAUUUUUCUGGUUGGGUCUGUUUUAAAGAUACGGCCAGAAAAUGGGUCACAAACAUAAACACCAUGAAAUUUUUUGUUUACGUGAUUAAACAAUGUACCAUAUGAUCGAAAAAAGUCGCAAUAGUUGCUUAACGGAAAACUGAUUUGUAGCUCCAAUAUGAACGUCGGCUGUGGAAAUUGUUAGUAUUAAA